GAUGACGACGACCUUCCUCCCGCAGUUGUUUCUUCCCCAGCAAACAUGGCUGGUGUCCUGGUGAAGACCUGCUUGCUAGGGGCCCUCACUCUCACCUUCCUCCAGCCAGGGGCAGCGGUGACUCAGUGUGAAAACAUAGUAAUUGACAACGAGUGGGAUACUGGAUAUCAGGCGGACUUUAAGCAAAUUUCUCCUGUGGAUUUGGAUGGCAACACCGGCCUCACUAUACAAUGGACUUUCAGUGCUCCCGUAGAUUCAAUCGAUUAUUACCAGGGAAGUGUGAUCAAGAAUGACGACUACCACUUUACUCUUCAAAAUAACAAUGUCUAUGUGAAAGAGGGCGAAGAGCUCUCCUUUAGUUUCAACAUCCACUACUCUCAUGAGAAACCCAUUAUCUACAGUGAAACGAUGAACGGCGUGCCCAUCUGUAACGGAACAGCACCUACAGAUCAGCCCGUGGUCACUACAACAGAGGUUGUGGUCACUACAACUGAGGCUGUGGUCACUACAACUAUGCCCGUGGUCACUACAGCUGUGCCCGUGGUCACUACAACUGUGCCCGUGGUCACUACAACUGUGCCCGUGGUCACUACAACUGUGCCCGUGUUCACCACAACUGAGGCUGUGGUCACUACAACUGUGCCCGUGGUCACCACAACUGAGGCUGUGGUCACUACAACUGUGCCCGUGGUCACCACAACUGAGGCUGUGGUUACUACAACUGUGCCCGUGGUCACUACAACUGUGCCCGUGGUCACCACAACUGAAACUUUGGUCACUACAACUGAAGACGUGGUCACUACAACUGUGCCCGUGGUCACUACAACUGAGCCCGUGUACUCAACGGCGACACCCGAGAACAACCCCUGUGAAGCAACUGGUAUGAAGCCGUACGACUACAGUCAGGUGCUAUGCAUGUCGUACUUGUUCUACGAGGCCCAGCGGUCAGGUCCUCUGCCUUCCGAUAUGCGCAUCACCUGGCGCGGCAACUCUGGUCUUGACGAUGGCUCUGACAACAACGUGAACCUGACUGGCGGCUACUAUAUCGCUGGUGACCAUGUGAAGUUCGGAUUCCCGAUGGCCUUCACCGCAACCAUGCUGGCGUGGGGCAUUAUAGAUUUCGCCGACGGCCAUGAGACGGCUGGUCAGACAGAGUACGGUGAGGCAGCACUGAAGUGGGCCACCGACUAUUUCCUUAAGGCUCACACUGAUGAAUAUGAAUUCUACGGCCAGGUGGGCCUCAGCGACCUUGAUCAUGCAUACUGGGGACGACCUGAAGAGAUGACCAUGGAGAGACCUUCAUAUAAAAUUGAUGAAGCUCACCCAGGAACUGAGUUGGCCGCGGAGACAGCCGCUGCCCUGGCUGCAGCAUCCAUGGUCUUCUGGAAACACAACCCACCUUACGCCGCUCACCUUCUGGACGUGGCAAUGCAGCUCUACCACCUCGCUGACUUUCACCGUCUGGACUACGACAUCUCCAUCCCAGACGCACAAAACUUCUACCCCUCCAGCAACGGCUUCGGCGACGAGCUUUGCUGGGCAGCGCUAUGGUUGGCUCGAGCCACAGGAGACCCCAGCUACAUCUUCAAGGCUCGAGACCACUGGGACGAGUUUAACUUCUUAGAGGGUGAAAGCGACAUGUUUUCCUGGGACGACAAGAUACCUGGAAUCUUUUCACUCUUCUGGAUGCUGGACAACUCCAGUGAGUAUCCUGACGCCCUCAGGAACUACCUGGACUGGCUAAAGACCACUGCAUCAUACACCCCGGAGGGUCUAGUUUUCUUGGGUGACAAGGGCUCUAACCGCUAUGCUGCCAACGCCGCCUUCAUCUCUCUCUUUGCCGCCAAGAAUGGUAUGGACACUGAAGCUAACCAGAAGUGGGCAAGGGAACAGAUGGGUCAACUAUUAGGCGACAACUCCCGUUACAGCAGAUCCUUCGUGGUGGGCUACGGCCAGAACCCCCCUCAGAGGCCCCAUCAUCGUUCUAGUUCCUGCCCGAACCCUCCAGCGGACUGUUCAGGAGCUCUUGACAACUCCGGCCCCAACCCCCAUGUCCUUUUUGGAGCCCUUGCCGCUGGACCCGCUGAGAACGGUGACUACACAGACGACCGCAAGGAUAUAACUCACAAUGGUGUGUCCUGCACCUACAACGCUGCCUUCACCGGGGCUCUCGCCGCCCUCGUUGAGAUUAGUUAAAGGUCCCGAUGUGUCCCUGAACAUCUCUUCGGGAACUGCUUAUACAGUUGAAUUUUUUGCCAAUCUUCCGUUUACUACGUUUUUCCUAAUCGGAUUAACACAUUGGCUACACUCUUGGUGGAGCAGUAAUAAAAAUUGCAGAAAUGUU